CUUCCGGGUUGUGUAUCCUCUCCCUCAUCCGGCUGCUACAAGAGCGCGGGUCAUUGGUUCCGGGAGGAGGCGGGAGCGGCAGGAUGCCGUCCUGUAUUGUUGAGGGGUGCACAUAUUCCUGGAAGAAGAAAGAUCCCGACAUCAUUAUUCACACCUUCCCCCGGGACCUGGAAAGCAUCAAGAGAUGGCUCCUUCAGACAAAACAGGAUUUUGGGGACAUUGAAGAAUUUAGUAGAAAAAUUCUGGAGGGCACCAAGGGGGCAUACCGCGUCUGUUCGCAGCACUUUACGUCCGACAGCUAUGAAACCAGAGGCUUCAUGACCUGGUUAAAGAAGGGAGCCAUUCCCACUAUUUUUCCUGACAUUGCCGCGAGGCACAAAAGUGCAAAAGAAACAACAAAAAGAAGGAAAAUCAACCCCACGUUUAUAAACUACGGAAGUGUUCCUGGGGUCGGGUAUGGACCGGCAGCCGCUGUGUGGCACCUGACUUCUGUAGCUGCGCUAUCGGCACAUAACUUUAUUCCACCCAUAGCUGGCGGUGAGAGGGACGUCCAAGACAUGUGCACACUUACAGCCGGGGGGCGUCUGGAUUUUCAUCAUCGGAGCCCUUCUUUGUACUCAGAACAUCGAAGUGUCAGAGGACACAAUAUCCCAGGAGAGAGAAAAACAAAGCCGUACGGGCCGAGACCAACAGGAAGAACAGGACUUUACUCAGGACCGAUUCACCAGGCGACAAAUACUGAACCUUUUCUAGGGACAUCGAAUAAAAGAGUCCAAGCUGACCGGAGAAAGAGAUGCAACAGUGUAGGGAUCCAGUGCAACCCGGAGGACCUGCCCGCCAUAAGACGUGAGAGUCAGCGCUACCCACUUCGGAUCUCUUUAAGGAAGUUUGAUGUCCUCAUUUGGGCUGACCCUUUCGGAAAAACGCCCUGUGCUCAUCCAGGAGCCCUGGAUUUAAGUUAGGCAGGUUCUCAAAUGAGGAUUAUUUGUUCAUCAGCUGCUUAAAGGGUAACUCCGGUGUUGGUCUGGUUGCAGGAUACCUGUUUAAAUCUACCAGCAACUUCAUAGCCCAAGACUUAAAUGAGUAGGAUAUGGGUUUGCCAGAAUCAAAUCUGGGAAAUCCCUAUCCUGGUUGCUUAAAGGGGUACUCUGCCCCUAGACAUCUUAUCCCCUAUCAAAAUGAUAGGGGAUAAGAUGUCUGAUCUCGGGGUCCCCCCGCUCUGGACCCCCGCAAUCUUGGCUGCGGCACCCCAGACAUCUGGUUCACGGAGCGAACUUCGGAUCUGGUUAACGGAGAGAACUCCGUGCCGGAUGACUGGUGAUGCGGGUCGGAGGCACUGACGUCACAAUCGUG